CACAAAACAAGAACAUGAUCACAACCCGAACACUCAAGAAAGUAGAAGCACAAGACAAAGACCAAAAAUGGCGAAACAAUUCAAAGAAAUCGAAAUCUCACAUCAAAAGCAUUUCAAUUCCCUUCUUUUCCCUUCUAUUCUAUCUCCAAAUCCUUCCACUCUGUCUUCCCUAACAGACUCCAUUAAAUCCGGAAAACCAUACCUUACCUCUUUACUGCACAAAAGUGGAGCCAUUCUCUUUAGAGGAUUUUCAGUAAACACAGCCUCUGACUUCAACGACGUCGUCGAGGCUUUCGGGUUCGACGAGUUGCCUUACAUAGGCGGUGCUGCCCCUCGCACCAACGUUGUUGGUCGUGUCUUCACAGCCAACGAGUCCCCACCUGAUCAGAAAAUCCCUUUCCACCAUGAGAUGGCUCAGGUUCCCGAGUUUCCAUCCAAGUUGUUGUUUUUUUGUGAAGUGGAACCAGGGAGUGGAGGAGAAACUCCUAUAGUUUUAAGCCAUAUUGUGUAUGAAAAAAUGAAAGAGAAAUACCCUGAAUUUGUUGAACGACUGGACAAGUACGGUUUGAUUUAUAAUCGAGUUUUACCUGAAGUUGAUGAUCCUUCUUCCCCAAUUGGUCGUGGAUGGAAGUCCACUUUUUUAACCAAUGACAAGACCUUAGCAGAGGAAAGGGCAGCUAAGCUUGGGAUGAAGUUGGAAUGGUUAGAAGAUGGAGGAGUGAAAACAAUAAUGGGUCCAAUUCCAGCAAUCAAAUAUGACAAAUUAAGAAACCGGAAGAUUUGGUUCAACAGCAUGGUGGCUGCAUAUACAGGUUGGAAAGACAUGCGAAAUGAUCCUGUGAAAGCAGUCACGUUUGGAGAUGGUAAGCCAUUGCCAGGUGAUAUCAUCUAUGAUUGUUUGAAAAUCCUUGAAGAGGAAAGCAUUGCUAUUCCUUGGCAGAAAGGUGACAUUUUGCUGAUUGAUAACUGGGCUGUUCUUCACGCCCGCAAAUCAUUCACUCCGCCGCGCCGUGUUUUGGCUUCUCUUUGCAAGUAGUUUUCUACCUGCCAAUUCCAUGCAGCUCUGAACUUCAACCAGUUAUGAUAGGAGAGUAGAUUGUGAGAGUAAAUAAGCUUGUGAAAUUUUCGAGUUUGUGGCACAAUAAUAUAAGAACGUUACUGUAUUCAGGAGGGCUAAUCUUUCAAGCUUCAAAUAAAAGUUCCAUCGUUGCAGAAUCA